AUGGGACGGUUUUUUGUCGCCUCUCGCGGCCGGAUAUCCAAGAACAGGACUCGCAAGGUGAUCCGCGCAGUGUUGGAGAACCGCCUUGACAUUUUGGACAACGAGCAGAAGAAACUUGCUAGAUGGGCCCGUGAAUCCGAGGAUAGCGAUGAUGUGCCACCGGGGAAGCAAUUGCUUCAUUCUGACUACUUUUGGCACUGCGGCGAGUAA